GGUUGGUCCGAUCAUGAGAUACUCCGUUCCAUGGCGUCCACAGGGCUGGACGAUGAAGCCCGACGACCCGGGGCUUCUCGCUCUUUGGGCGCGUUUGCACUGCUCCGAAUUCGGAAGCACGCUUGAGGUUGCCUCUCGGAGGAAAGGUGAAGAAAUGGUUGAGGAAUUUUCAUCUUUUCCUUAUUUAAAUUGUACUUCUUUAAUUUAUUUAAAGAACCUAAGGUACACGUAUAAUUCGACGAUUCGCGAAACUCACAACAAUGCUUUCGUUAAGGAUAGUUCAAGGUGGCAGAUCGCUGGCGCGCAUGCCCAGAAUUUAAAUCUAAUAGAUGGUCUGGAGUGCCCGGUCUGAGAAAGAGUUUUUGUAAACAACAGUUGCCGAAACGGAUGACAAUGUCACUUCAGUUGCUUUUCAAAUCUGACGAACUCAAGAAGCCAGAUCACUCCGUUUCUUGCUCAUUCUGUUUUGAAUGUACGUUGAUAAUAGCGUUUUUGAUGUCUCGACUUGCGAAAACUUCUCGCUCGAAUUUGUGUGGUAGUCAACAAAUUAUAAGAAGCUUCCUGAUUAUCAACGAUUAAUUGACAAAAAUAGAGCUUCCUUUCUGUCGAUUAUACUUCCAGUUUGGUCCAAUUUGGUUGCGAAGAAGUUUUAUCUCGAUUCGCUGUAGUCACUUACGAACGAUAAAAGUUAACAAGUUUAAGUCAAUUUUAAUGUAAGUAAAAACAUUCUUUGAGUUAUAAAAGAUUCACAAAUGCUUUAGCUGAUCUGACAAAGUCAAAACAUUAAUAUGUGUCGUAAUUUGUAGAUUUCAUGCUCUUCAAAAUUAUGGAUCUGGUAUAAUUUAAUUAUGAAUAAUUUUAUAUGAAUAAUCAAGUAAAAGUAGCGAAAAUUUGAAAUAAAUAUCUUUGUUGAUUCGCAUCAGAGAGGAGUAAAAUGUCUAUCGAGAACGAAACAUAUACCUUACCCGAGGUCCAAAAAAACUUCUAGUCUGUUCAGCGAGGAAUUUAAUCGUAACGAAGAAUUGUAUGAUAUAAACGAAUCAUUCGACAACGGACUGAAUAAUCAACCUAGUGAAAGAUUGUGUUUAGAUCUACAAAAAUUGAUGGAUACCAAAAACGAUUUAAACUUGAGCAUGCAAGCUAACGAAGGAACAUCAUCUGACGUUUCCUUAGAGGAGAAAAUAAUGGAUCAAUUAGAAGGUACGAUAAAUAAAGAGGAAUCUGCGAGGCAACCAACAUCUAUUGAAAUCUCAUCUGUCAAAUCUUUAAAGUCUAAUAAAACCAAGAACAAAGAUUUGAAACGUAAAAUGCCUUCUCGGCUUACAAUUAAUUUGUUGCAAAUAAAAAUGGCAACGUGUUACCGUCACUGCAUAGAACUUUGUAUAAUUUUUUUAUUAUCUGUGAUACUCGCAUUUGCCUUUGUGAUAUGUUUUCAUGAGGAUCACAAACACAGCUCUGAUUUUGCGAGCACAGUAAUCGAAUUGAAGAAAAAUAGUCAAGAGUAUGGCUACACAACAAUGGCUACACAAAUUCUGUGUGAAGCUCUUCAACUUGACACGCCUUCAUUUAGAGUGAUAGUUCUAAUCGGCACGGUUGCUAACAAAUCAGAAUUAAUGCAUACGGUGCAAAUGAUAAAAAAGAAUUUCCCGAGGAAAUACGCCAUUCGUCAGUAUUAUCCGCCAAUCGAGUACGCGAGAGAAAUCAAUCUUCCUUUUUUUCAUCCGAAUUUAAUCAUCAUAGAAAAUCUAACACUUAUCUACGUAGGAGAUACCAUAAACUACAUAAAGGAACUUGAAAAUACAUAUAAGAAUCGAUUCGUAACCGUAUUGGCCAUUUUCAACAUUGAAAAAGACAGUGAUGUGAUACAAACAUUAGAUAUAAUUGAAUAUAACAACAUAAUAAGGACCUCUUUGUUUAACGAACAUAUCAAAGCCGAAAUUAUUUUGUAUGACUUUUUAAGCAAAGAUUCCUUCAGUAUGUGCGUAAGAAAAGCAAUGAAAGCGAACAUCUUACAGUUCACACGGGAGAAUUCCAAAUAUAUUGCGCUUACGUUACCAAAGAAUACUUCCAGUUGUGUAGGUAUUAAUAAAAGAAUAUUCUUAGAGAUUGUUCUACAAAGAUUGAUGGAUAUCAAAAACAAUCAAAAGAACUCGAGCAUACAAGCUAAUGAAGUAUUAUCAUCUGGUGCUUCCUUAGAGAAAAAAAUAGAAAAUCAAUUAGAAUGCACGGAAAUUAAAAGAAAACCUUCUAGUCAACCGAUAUGUGCUGCAAUCUCGCCUUCCGAAUCCUUAGAUGUACAAACAUUAAUAAAUAUCAGAAAUAAUGUAAACUCGAAUUUGCAAGCUAAUAAAGAAACAUCACUUGCUAUUUUUUUAGAAGAGAAAAUAGAAGAUCAAUUAAAGCAUACGGAAGGUAAAGAGAAAUCUACGUGUAAUGAAGGAUCGUCAUCUAGUAUUUCCUCAGAAGAGAAAAUAGAGGAUCAAUUAGAACAUACAGAAGUUAAAGAGAUACCUACGAGUCAACCGACAUUUAUUGCAAUUGAGCAAGUCAAAUCCUUAUAUGUACAAAGGUUGAGGGACACUAAAAAUGAUCUAAACUCGAACAUGCAAGCUAACGAAGGAUCAUCAUCUGAUAUUUCAUCAAAAGAAAAAAUAGAAGAUCAAUUAGAACAUACAGAAGUUAAAGAGGAACCUGCGAGUCAAUUAACAUUUACUGCAAUUUAUUGGCAAGCCAAAUCCUUCUUACAAAGGUUGAUGCACAUCAUGAUGAAAAACGAUCUAAACUCGAACAUGCAAGCUAAUGAAGGAUCAUCAUCUGAUAUUUCUUCAGAAGAGAAAAUAGAAGAUCAAUUAGAACAUACAGAAAUUAAAGGGGUACCUGCGAGUCAACCGAUAAUUGAUUUAAUCUUGCCUUUUAAACCCUUAGAUAUACAACAAUUGAUGGACACUAAAACCGAUCUAAAUUUGAACAUGAAAGCUAAUGAAAAAUCAUCUAGUAUUUCCUCAGAAGAGAAAAUAGAAGAUCAAUUAGAAUAUACAGAUGUUAAAGAAGAACCUGCUAGUCAACCAACAUCUACUGCAAUUUAUUUGCAAGCCAAAUCCUUAUUUGUACAAAGGUUGGACACCAAAAACGAUCUAAACUCAAAUAUGCAAGCUAAUGAAGGAUCAUCAUUUGAUAUUUCAUCAAAAGAGAACAUAAAAGAUCAAUUAGAAUAUACAGAAAUUAAAGAGAAACCCGCGAGUCAACCGACAACUGCUGCAACCAUAUUUUUAAAGUCUGGGCAAACUAUAAGCGUAGACUUGAUACUAGAACAAUUGGUAUUAAGCAUAUAUUAUUUUUUAUAUAUUUUACUUAGUAUAUUAUUUGGUUUUUUAAUUGGGUUAUCCUAUUCACGUGUUCUCCGAAAUUAUGAUAACAAUGGUAUUGAAAGUGGUAAAGCUGAACUAAACAUUUCUGCUCUUGGCUCACAAAAUUAG